CACCAUCUUGCACACCAUCUUGCACAAGCUAUCUCUUGCAAUGGUAUCAUCACUUCUCACAUAGGUAGUUGCUGGCGAUACUGCUUCCUCCCUUCCAUCCUUUUCCUCGUUUCCGACCACUAAGGCCUCUGCUCCCCUCGCUUCUUUUCUGCGCAUGGUCCUACGCUCCUUUGCACGUUGCGCUUCAACGGUUGCUAAGAAGACUCUGAGUCGUGGCUCUGGCCGUUAUGAGAUAACCAGCCAACGCCUGUGUGACGAUAUCCUCAACCGACUCCGUACCAGCCUUCCUGCUCCAAACACCUGCGACAUCAUCGAUAUCAACCCCGGACGAGGACUUUGGUCCAAGAGUCUGCACCAUGUCCUCCAACCUCGACGACACGUACUUGUCGAGUCUGAUCUGGAAAGGUACACGGAGUAUCUCCAGCCCUUGUUGAAGAGUCAUGGCUCAGCAUAUCGACACGCUACCAUUCUUGAAGACGUGUUUGACCCUGGGAAACAACUAUUGAACCAAUAUGACGUGGAAAAGGCUGGCUCUGUGGGAAAGGUCCCUGAAUAUAACAGAUCCUUGCUGAUGACGGUCAACCUCUCUGGUGGGAAGAUCAGCAUUGGCGGUUAUAUGGGAUCUCUGAGCAGAAAAUUCUUCGACGAGCUCUACCUGUCGCUUCUUUCAAAUCCUCGGUCUGGUUUCUUUCGUUAUGGUCUGAUUAGAGUAUUGGCAUGGAUUCCUGAUCACGAAAAGGAUUCUUAUAUCCCUCGCACCGUCCACGCACGCCACAAGCAGACCGUCAUGCUGGAAGCAACCACAGACAUUACCGAGGUUGCUGGUGCGUCGGCAGAGGCCAAAUCGACACGCUAUAGGAAGUGGCCUGAUCUUGAGUUGGAAGAGCUUGCGGCCAUAGAUGCUAAAACCAAAGGUGCAUCGGGAUACAAGAUACCCAAAUCCAGGCUCGACACCCCCCCGCCACGUGAGUUGCUCAGUAUCGAGCCUACUCCUCGAAACUUGCGAAAAGCAGACUUCACCUCCGACGCGGAGUGGGUGCCGAGAUUGCUCGAAUUAGACAGCCACAUAAAGCAAAAGUAUCCCCAUUGGUAUCGGCGCUAUGCUUCAGGGCAAUCGAUACGCAAGCUCGGACUCAAAACACCGCCUCAGAAGGAAUGGGGAGAGCUUUUGCGGCGGGCAAACACCACACACAAGACGCAUAUGAAAGCAGUCGAAGUGGUUAACCAGGAAAGACAAUUGAUAUCGGAAUGGAAAUCUGCUAUAUUUAACGCUAAGAACAGCCCCCUUGAUCCGGACACGGAACGAUCGUUCCAGAAUCGCGCCGAAGCCAUCAAGGAGAACCUCAAGGCCUUGAAUCGCACGAACAGGAUCUUCGCAGAAAAGGCCAUCGACGACUGCAGAGCUUGGGAUAUGUCACCACCCAUUUUGGCCUGGAAUCGGCGGGAAGCUCACCCGUUGAUCGUACACGAUACCGAAUUUGACGCUUCGUAUCGGCAAAUGGCCUUACUGGAUGUGGUCCCACGAGCAGAUUUGCUCUCCAAAGUCGACACUUACGACAAGAUGGUAUGCUUCCGCUACAUUGUCGCGACACUCUCCCUAUACUUCUCCAAGAGCGUUGCUGAAGCGUUGAGGGGUUUGGUUCAUGAAGGCUUGAAUGACUUUGUCAAGACCAUUCCGGGGAUUCAUGAUCCCACCAAGGGAGGGUGGUAUGAUCUGACCACGUUGCGAGUGAGAGUCUUGCCAAUGGACAUGUUUGUGGAGAUUGGGUUGGCUUAUGAGAAAUGGCCGUUUCGCACGAGUACAGAGGCGAUCCUCAUGGCCACUGCAGAUCCAAUGGCUGGAUAUAGCGGUCAGGAGGAUGAUAUGAAAUGAUCCACCCAGCGGUGGCUGUAUUAAAAGUGUUGUAUAGUAUGCGCGAGACACACUCGCCGUGGGCAAUAGACAAUGACUAAUGAAGGUGGCAUUCGCUCAUGUCAUCUCUCC